AUGCACCGGCAGUCCGGAUCCGAGCCAGCCAGCGAUGUGUACGGUAUGUGGACCGAGUGGCAAGCGUCAUGAUGAUGGCUUAGCAAAUCACGAAUGCAGCGUAGAUCGAUGGCUGCCGCCAAAUGCUGCUUGCCAGACACACUCUCUCUGCAUUUCCAUUCGUCAUUGCCAAUCUCGAGUAUCAGCCACCCGACAGGGUGCAACUGUGCGACGCGCAAUCUCCCCCGUCAAGGCUGACAAUUUUCGUAACUAGGCGAAUCACUAUACAGCCACCGGCCCCACCCCACGCCUUCGCGCUGCAACACUCUUCUACAACCUUUGAACAUCCUUGCUUCCAUACUUUGCUCACCACCAUCUCAUCAUCCCAAUCACGAAUGGCAGUCAUGGAUAGACUCAGCAUUCAGAAUGACCAGCACGACGAGCUGCUCAUCUUAUCCGUCAUCAACACUUGGUUCGCAGCCUUCCAGCUCUGGGACUUUCUCGUCUGCUGCCCUGAGGAGAUUCGGCGUCUCUAUGUGCCGGAGGCCAGACGCUUCUGGAAGAGGCGCAUCCCUCCCUCUCUUGGAACUAUCUUGUGA